UUCCAGGUGACCAUGGCAGACAGAGCUGCAGCUGAAAGAGCGUGCAAAGACCCAAACCCCAUCAUCGAUGGCAGGAAAGCAAAUGUGAACCUGGCAUAUUUGGGAGCAAAACCAAGGAGUAUUCAAACUGGUUUUACCAUAGGUGUGCAGCAGCUACAUCCAGCCUUCAUUCAGAGGCCCUUUGGGCUCACACCUCACUAUGUUUACCCCCAAGCUAUCAUCCAGCCCAGCGUGGUGAUCCCUACCCCCGUGCAGUCCAUCACCUCUCCCUACAUCGACUACACCGCCGCCAGCCAAGCCUACUCCCAGUACACCACAGCUGCCUACGAUCUAAACCCCGCGGCCCCCGCCACUGCUUUUGUGCAGUACCAGCCCCAGCAGCUGCAGCCCGACCGCAUGCAGUGAGGGCCCUGCCUGCCCCUUCGCCACCUAGGACAAUCUUUUACAAUGGAAGGAUAUGACUAGGACAACAAAAGCAACAACAACAACAAAACCCAAUAAAAGAAACAAAACAAAAAAGAAAAAAAAAUCACCCCACCCCUUUGCCCCCCUUAUGUAGGUGCAUAUCAAUACCUAAGCUAUUUAUAGUGUUAAGGGCGAACCCAAACCCUUGCGGUCUGACUGUGCUCAUGAAAAUGGACUUCUGGUAAGUUGGGGUAUCUUUUUUUUUCAGUCUGGACAGAUAUUAUCUUGGAGAUGUUCUAAAAGUGACUGAAAUGUUUCACAGGAAAACUACAGAUUCUUGCACACAUCGCGGUCUGCUUCCAUCACCCAUGGUCGUCUUUCCGGCCCUCCCCUGUCAGCCUUCCCCUCCUCAUCAAACCUGCAAAUCCUCUUAAUUACUGUUGAGGUACAGAGGUACUCGGAGAACAUGGAGAAAAGCAAUCUUAUUUUUUGGUUGUACAAAAACUUUGUAAUACUCAGAGAUGCCUUACAGAAAAAA